AUGGGCGUUGAGGGAAAAGUUCACGAUGACGACCAUGAGCUCCCCGAGGUUACCAGCACCUACCAAGCUGGUGUGCGAAACAUCGAAGCCAUGACCACGGUAUGGACCAAGAAGGAUAUGUGCUUGGCAUAUGGCAAUAUCUGGCUCAUCUACUUCAUCCUGUCUAUCCAGGAGGUUGUCGUCCGAAGUCUUAACCCCUUCGUCGUCAGUGACUUUGCAGCGCAUUCGCUCACUGCCGUGGUUGGUAUCAUUUCUAGUUUGUUUUCCGGUCUGGCCAAGAUUGUCUUUGCCAAGUUGAUGGAUACCUGGGGACGUCCCCAAACUCUGCUUAUCACUAUGCUUCUUUGGACUGUUGGCUUCAUCAUGAUGGCCGGCUGCAAGAAUGUCGAAACAUAUGCUGCCGCUCAAGUCUUUUACCUCACUGGCGCCCAGGGCGUGAGCUACUGUAUCACCGUCUUUAUCUCUGAUACCUCGUCUCUCCUUAACCGUCCCCUGAUGCUCACAUUCGCCACCUCCCCGUACAUUGUCACUACUUGGAUUGGUGGCCCCAUGGCCGACUCGAUUAUCGCCGGCAUCGGGUGGAGAUGGGGUCUUGGUGUCUGGGCCAUCGUCGUUCCUAUCGUCGUUACUCCGCUCUCCAUCAUCUUCUUCUACAACCAGAACAAGGCCAAGAAGAUGGGACUGUACCAUCCUCACAAGGUCGACGUCUCCAUCAAAGGCAUCUACAGUUGGUGCAGGGAUGUUGAUUUGGUCGGAAUCAUCAUGCUUAUCGGUGGCAUGGCUCUGUUCCUCCUGCCCAUGUCUAUUUACUCCCGCCAGGCUGAUGGCUGGAAGUCGCCCAUGAUUAUUUGUAUGAUCAUCUUCGGUGGUCUUCUUCUCAUCACGUUUGUCAUCUGGGAGAAGUUCUUUGCCCCAGUCACCUUUAUCCCUUACAAGCUCCUCUCGGACCGAACCGUGUUCUUCGCUGGUCUUAUGUUUACCUUUGUCUUCUGGAACUCGGCUAUCUGGGGCAGCUACUUCACCUCUAUGCUGAUGAUCACCUGGAACACCGGCGUCACCAAGGCUACCUACAUCAGCAACAUCUACCGAGUCGGCUCUUGCUUCACCGCCAUCAUCCUGGCUUACUUCAUGCGUGUCACUGGCCGCUUCAAGUGGGUUAACCUCUACUACUCUCUCCCACUUAUGCUGCUCGGUGUUGGCCUUAUGAUCCACUUCCGUCAGCCUGACCAAAAUAUCGGCUACGUUAUCAUGACCCAGAUCUUCGUUGCCUUUGCUGGUGGACCCAUCGUGGUUGCUGGCGAAAUGGCCAUGAUGGCCCCCUCUGAUCAUCAGCAUGUUGCUGUAAUGAUCGCUAUUCUUGAUCUAUUCGGCAGCGUCGGUACUGCCGUCGGCUCUACUGUCUCCGCCGCCAUCUGGACCGGAACCUUCAAGGAUCGCCUAUAUGCUCGCCUUCCCGAGGGUGCCGAUGUUGAGAACAUCUAUGGCAGCAUCUACAGCCAGCUGGCUUACAAAUGGGGAACUCCCAUCCGCUAUGGCAUUGGCCUUGCAUAUGGUGACACCCAGAAGUACAUGCUCAUCACCAGUGUGUGCAUCUUGUCUCUUGGAUGGUUCUGCGUCUUUUUCUGGAGGGAUAUCAAGGUCACCAACAUUAAGCAGGUCCGCGGAAACGUCGCUUAA